AUGGGGAGUAUCGAAGAGGCAGGCCAAAGUGCACUUCAUGAUUCUGGUGCGGCUUUGGGAGACAGCCUGGACGAUGCAAAAUGGCUAAACUUCCUUGGAGAUCAGCUAUUUAUCAGAUACGAGAGGACUGGAGUAAUAUCUGACCUGGAGAAAUCCAUCCGAGUUGCGCAGAGGGCUCUCCGAGUUACGCCAGAAGAUGAUCCGGAAUACAUAGGAUUACUAUAUCGUCUCGGGAUCCAACUCGGGUGGAGAUACCACAGGAUUGGAGAAAUCGAAGAUGGCGAAGAGAGUAUCCGCAUCAUACGACUUGCCAUCGACAACAUAUCGUAUAAACCAAGCUAUUUUUGUUGGCUGUUAUAUAGACUUGGAGUUGCCUUGCGGGAUAAGUUCUUCAGAACUCGAGAUAUAGCCGACCUUGAAGAAGCCAUUCAAGCCACACGGCACGCUAUCCACGAAAUAUCGCAUGACAACCCCAUAUACGAGAUACCACAAGACAGCCCUAUUUACUUUAAAUGGGUUUAUACUCUCGGAGGCCAACUUGAUGAUAAAUACGAUAUAACGGGGGCUCUGCCUGACCUUCAGGAGGCGAUUAAGUUUACACUACAAGCUGUCAGUAAAACUCCAAGGGAACACUCAGCUUAUGGAGAAGGACUGAAUUCUCUUGGAAUUCGAUUUCGUGCCAAGUACUUGCGGACUAAGGAACUUGAUGAUGUUGAAGAGGGUAUCGACUUUAUGCAAGAGGCGAUCAGUUCUACGCCAGAAGAUGAUCCCCAGCGUGCGAAGCGUUUACGGGCUCUUGCAACUCUCCUUGGUGAUCGAUACGAUAUGGAAAGGGACGUAACUGAUCUCGAAGAAGCUAUCCGACUUCUACGGCUGGCCAACGAUUUGACAACAGAACAUGAUCUAGAUUAUGCAGGAUUGUUAGACGAUCUCAGCAAGGGACUGCGGGUAUUGUUUUUCAAGGCUGGGAACAUGGCGGACCUAGAGGGGGCUAUCCAAGCCUCGCGACAGGCCGUAAACAUAGGACCGGAAGAUCAUUCCGAACGUGCAGCAUGGCUGGUCAAUCUUGGGAGGGGUCUUUAUGCUAGAGCAGCAAGAACUGAGGAGCUUCCCCAUGUUGAUGAAGCCAUCCAAGCCGUGCGACAAGCUAUCGAAAUAGCGCCAGAAGACUCCCCGGACCUUCCAAAGUGGCUACAUGAUCUCGGAAAAGGUCUUAGGCUAAGAUAUCUUCGAACGAAUGCUUCAGAAGAUAUUGGAGAAGCCAUCAAUGUAUUGCGGCAGGCUUCCAAGUCAUUCCCAAGCGAGGACAUGACCUAUACAGAGUUUCUGAACAGUUUUGGAAUGAGUCUUGCCGAAAGAGGGUUAAGAACUGGCUUGGUAUCUGAUCUCAACGAGACUAUCAAGGUUCUGCAACAGGCUCUGGAGGUUACCCCAGAGGGCGACGCAGACCAUCUAGUGCUUUUAUCUAAUCUUGCAAAUGUACUCUACGAGAGAUAUUUACAGACUGAAGCCAUGGUUGAUCUUGAAGGAUAUAUGCAGCUCACCCAGCGCGCUAUGAAUAUAGUUCCAAAAGAGAGCCCAGAUCAUCCACAGUGGUUGAACAGGGCUGGGGUUGGGCUGGGAGACAAGUUCCAAAGGACAAAACUAGCGGCAGACCUUGAUAUGGCCAUCGAAUUUAUACGGCAGGCUGUGAAAACAAGUCAAGAAGACCACCUACUUCGGGGGGAGUGGUUGAACAAUCUCGCAGUCCGCCUUGGCACUAGGUAUUCGAUUAAUGGAGACAUAGCUGACCUUGAAGAGGCUAUAAAGGCCAGCCAAGAGGUCGUCUCUAUUACUCCAGAAGAACACCCAAACUACCCGAGGUGGUUAAACAACCUUGGAAACCGGCUGUUGGAACGCUACCUGUACGGCGGAGAUGUCGCCGAUCUUGACAAGUCCAUCGAUUUAGGACGGCAGGCUAUCGAGAUCACCCCGAAAGACCACCCGGACAAUGGAGGACUGUUGAUGAAUUACGUGGACGCCUUGAUGACGAAACUCAGUUUGGAAAGCAACGUGGAUGACACGGAUGAGAUGAUAUCAAACUGCGAAUAUGCUUUACGUCAGUCGAGUUUCUACAUUGAUGAUCGGAUACGGGCAGGCGACAGACUCCUUGACUUACACUCGAUGACUGAGAAUUGGGACCGAGCGUUCGAAGCCUCUGAACUUGUGAAUUCUCUGAUUCCUAGGCUGGCAUCGCGACAUCUUGAGAAUGCUGAUAGACAGCAUCGGCUUCGCCAGGCAGUGGGACUUGCGUCUGAUACCGCAGCAGUGGCAAUGCAUGCCAAUAAAUCGCCAUUAACUGCAUUGAAUUUUCUUGAAAACGGUCGCGGUGUGCUUGCCACAUCGCUAGAGGAUAUGCGUAUAGAUAUCGUGGAGCUGCAGGAGAGGCACCCAGAUAUGGCAGAGCAAUUUAUCGACCUUCGUGAUGAGCUGGAGAAACCACCAUCACAAACCAACUCUUCCACCAAACAGCAAGACACUAAAAAGGAAGAUGCUCAAAGUUCCUGGAGACCAGAGGCGACUCGGCGUCACGAUACCGGCGACAAACUCAACCAGCUGAUCAUGGAAAUCCGCAAACGGCCAGGGUUUGAACAGUUCCUACUCCCGCCAACUGAGUCAGAUAUUCACGCUGCGGCUAGCCAUGGACCGAUUGUUGUCAUCAAUGUGAGCAAGCAUCGUUGUGAUGCGAUCUUAGUUGAAAGUCAGAGGAUCCGGUCACUGCAACUGAAGGGGCUUGAAAGAGACGAUAUUGAAGAUAAAAGUCGACGAGGAAGUCUAGGAGCUCCUGAAAUACUAGAGUGGCUAUGGGAUUAUAUCGCAAGUCCGAUUCUGGACGCCUUGACAUUUACUCAGCCGCCGUCUGACAACAACUGGCUUCAUAUAUGGUGGAUUCCCACAGGCCCUCUGAGCAAAUUUCCGCUCCAUGCUGCAGGGCGCCACGAAGAAAGCUCUGGCGACACAGUUAUCGACAGGGUCAUGUCUUCUUAUAGCCCCUCUAUAAAGGCCAUCAUAAACGGUCGUCGUCGCAGUGACCAAAUGGCUACCCAGAUGGGCUCGUCUCUUCUUGUGUCCAUGGAGCACACGCCGGGUUAUUCCGACCUCCCAUAUGCUACUGACGAGAUAGAGAUGUUACAUGAUCUUCAUCAGUCGCUGGCACUGAACCCUCUUGAGCCUGGCCGCCGUUACCAGGACAUCACGUCUCAUCUGCCCGAUUGUAGGAUAUUUCACUUUGCCGGACAUGGACUUUCACAUCCAGAUGACCCAUCGAAGAGUGAGCUACUUGUGGAGGACCGAAAUACCAAUCCACUGACGGUAGCCACUCUUCUUGAGAUGAACCUCCGCCAAAAUCCACCCUUUCUUGCGUAUUUGUCGGCGUGCGGGACCGGUCGAAUCAGGGACGCGAGUUUCGUCGAUGAGAGCAUCCAUCUCAUCAGUGGUUUUCAGCUGGCAGGCUUUCGGCAUGUCAUUGGUACCUUGUGGGAAGUCAAUGAUGAGAUUUGCGUGGAUAUGGCUAGACUUACAUAUGAGGGGAUCCGAGACGGAGGCAUGACAGACGACUCAGUCUGUCGAGGCCUUCACUGUGCCAGCCGGGAACUCCGAGAUCUUUGGCUUACUUCAUCAGCGAUACGAGAGGGAAGACUAAAACAUGAAGCAGUUCCACUUUCAGCGGCGGAUGGGGCAGCUACAGAGGAGGAGAAUGAGAGGGGCCAUAGGCUGGAAAGGGAUAUUUCUUUGGACGAGAGGGCAGAGGCACAUUGGAUUCCGUAUGUUCACUUUGGUGUUUGA